AUGCCUAGAAGAGCCACGUUAUUGAAAUCCCUUUCUAGGGGUCGUGUGCGUACUUCUUUUAACAAGUAUAACUUGUUUAACCUAUACAAGAAGGGCCAAGUUGAUUUUAGGUCAAAGACACUUUACCAACAAAAAUGGACAGCUAAACAGGAGACAAGAGCUUAUCACGGUGAACACUUGACUGAGAAAAGAUGGCAAUUUUUUUUCAAUCCUAAGUUAGACUCAGUCGCUCAAUUGGAUGCCUCAUUGAAGGGCGGUAAAGAAGAAGAAACUCCAUUUUUACUACAAACGUUUGCGGUUCUCGAGAAAAGAUUGGAUUUCGCAGUUUUCCGUGCAAUGUUUGCUUCUUCCGUGAGACAAGCUCGUCAAUUUAUCCUACAGGGAAAUGUCUUUGUGAAUGGCAUUAAAAUUGCACACCCAAAUUAUACUUUAAAGCCAGGUGAUGUUUUCCGUGUAAGACCUUCAAAAGUUCUAGAGGCAUUGGGAGCUAAAAAACCAAGUGUUCAGGAAUCACUAAAAGUUGACAAGGUGCAAGUCACUCUCUGGAAUAAAUAUGUGAAAGAGGCAAAAUCGAAUCCAAGAGCAGUUUGGAAUAAAAAAUUAAACAAAUAUAGAGAAAUGGAUAAUUCAAACCCCCAAAAACAACAGUUUCUAGAACAGGUCAAGGACUACAAUAAGGACUUGGAACAACAGGAACUGAAAGCCUUGAAUUCUUGUACACCAACAAAUAUGCUCACUCAAAUUUUGACAGUUUACAGUAAAUCUGAGAAGGAACCCGAGUCAUUGACUGUCGAUGAUUUUGCUAGCGUAGUGAAUGGUGAUUUAAAAUUAGCCAACUUAGCCCUAGAAUGUUUCCAAGAAGUUAAUAAAUCAAAGGAAUUUACAAAGGAAAGCUUACAAAAUGGUAAAAUCGAUGAAUUAUCCCAUAGACUUUUGGCACCUACGGAAGAGAUGAAAAAUAAGAUGAGUGACGGAUCUAAAGUAUCAAUAAGAUCUGCCAAAAAACAUUUGUCAGAAUUGACUAAAUUGUUUAGCUCUGCCCUUAGGGAAAGCUUCGACAAGAGGAAAGGUGAUCAAAAUGCUGUCGAUGUUCCAUACGAUGAAAACUGGUCAAGUAAAUUGCACUACCAUCCACGUAUAGAUCCAAAGGAAUUGGUAGAAGAUGAAAAGAAGGCACAAGAAUUUAUUAGUCUACCAUGGCAACAACACCUUUAUGGCCGUGCCAAUCCAAAAAGACCUUAUUUUACACCAUGGAAACCAAGACCAUUCCUAGCACCAUUUGCAAUCCUGCCACACCAUCUGGAAAUCUCUUUUAAAACUUGUCAUGCUGUUUAUUUAAGAGAUCCAGUGGCACGUCCAGGUCAUUCUGAAGUCAUUUCUCCAUUCGAUCUGCCCGUCCACGAACGUGCAUACAUGUAUUACGUGAGAAGAGGCAAAUGA